AUGGAUUUGCUCGAGAAUCCGGAACUCUGUCAUACGUUGCGGCGUCUGAACUCGAAAAUAUUCAAGAAAUUCUAUACUUUCAUGUGGAACGGAAGCCAUGUAUCCGCCGUCGUUCGCUACUUGCAGCGAUCGCGUUCGUCUGGCGACAUCUCCAUCAAGCUGCUAGAGAGCCUCGAGGCUUCAAGAAACACCUCUCGUUUUCCCGGGAUGGUCCUCUCGUUCACCGAAAAUCUCGGGGGUUUCUUCAGAGUUCCAGAAGUGGUGGACUUGUGUGCCGAUUGCAGUAAUUACAGGCCUAACGAACUUCUCGCCAGCUUUCUCGACUUUCUCCUCGAUACAGUGGAGGAAAUAGUGAAGUGCCAUUCAGAUUUGACCGAUCCACUCGAGGACGAAAUCGGUAUUAUGCAGGAACAGCUUACGUUUCUCGCCGCCAUUCUAGGCGAUACGCCCUUUACCUGCACCGAGAUCGAGAGAACCAACAACAAUGUCUUGAAACAAGUGAUGGAUGUGGCCAACGACGCGGCAAGGUUCUUGCAUCUGUACUUCUUCACGAACGAAUCGCAUCUGAGCAGGGUCGAUCUUUCGCUUGCUGAACUGCUCAAGAUGUUUCAGCGCGUGGAAGCGAAGAUCAAAGAGCAUUGUUCCCUCGGAGUUCCACUCUUGCUGAGUUCUACGGCUCCGACCGCUGACGUGGAUUCUCUUUUCGUAGUGAAUUCUCUAGUCAAUGACCUCAAGGAACUACUCAUGAGUCGGGAGGGUGGUCCGAUUGCUGAUGCGUGCAACGGAAUAGUGACGACUCUGCUCGAGGAGCUAAUGCUCGUGAGUUCAUUGCUUGGAGUUUUCGAGCAGCAGCAGCCUCACGCGGAGCCUGUAUUGCGGAUUAUAGACUCGGCAUAUGAAGCUGAAUACCUAAUCAACACAUUUGUCGUCGGAGAUAUUCCUGUAUGGUAUCUCACUCUCCGGCUCCCUCAUGUUAUCCAGAAGAUUAAACUGAUCGGGAUCGGACUCGAAGAAAUCAAGGAGAAUUACAACGAUGCCAAAUAUCUUAUCGACUCAUUUAGGGUUGGAGAUGUUCCUGUGUGGUAUCUGAAACCUAGGCUUUCGAACGUUAUUAAGGUAGUAGGACCUGAAGAGAUCAAGAUCAACGCAUCCGUCGAUGAUGGCAUUGUUGUGGGAAUUGAGGACGAGGCAACGGUAAUUGUUGAUCAACUUACGGGAGGAGAGAAGCAGCUGGUGGUUAUAUCCAUCUUCGGGAUGCCUGGACUUGGUAAGACGACUCUCGCGAAGAAACUGUACGACGGACCAGCUGCGCUGUACCGAUUCGAUCGCCGUGCCUGGAUUGUUGUCUCCGAGAAGUAUCAGAGGAGACGUCUGCUGGCCGAUAUCCUGCGGUCAAUAUGUGACCUUGACCGCGAUAGUAUCUCGAGCAUGGAUGCCGAGAGUUUAGGCGUAGAGAUACACAAAACCUUAAAGGGGAGGAGAUACCUUAUCGUGAUGGAUGAUGUAUGGGCCUCGGCUGUGUUGGAUGACGUGGGAAGGUAUCUCCCGGACGAUGGAAACGGAAGCAGGAUACUAAUCACCAGCCGGCUUAAAGACGUGGCGCCACCGGGUAGUAUAGUUCGUGCUCUCCCUUUCCUGUCGCACGAGCAGUGCUGGGAUUUACUAAAGAAAAAAUUGUUGUGGGGCAAAGAUCCUCCUCCGCAAGAUUUAGUAGACGUCGGGAAGAAAAUCGCAGCGCAAUGUCAAGGACUACCGCUCGCGGUCGUUGUGAUAGCUGCAGUUCUUGCAAACAUGGGGAACCACAAGGGGUUGUGGAAUGAGGUUGCGGGAAACCUUAGUCAAAAAAUUUCUACAGACUCUAGUAUGUGUAUGAAGAUACUGGAACUUAGCUACUAG